AUGAGAAGGGCGAGAGAAGAGCAAGUAGCGAAGCUUGGAAUACAGGCAGAACGAGGUCUUCAGAUAGGGCAUGUUCAGGAGUCGCCGACAAGGAUCAGGUCGGAGCCAACGUUGGUCGAGCGCGAUCAGUGGACUACACGAACGAGUGCAGGUCAGUGGUGACAGCUCGAAUAUCGAAUACUACGCGUUGUCUUUGUGAGAUCCGUUGCUGUGCUGACGUUCGUUGUCACAGCAUCUGCUGUGAAAUAGAAGCCGUACGAGAAGGUUACCGUGACUCGUCGCCCGACCGUUAGCGCGUUCGCCGUGUCGCUCGAUCUGGUGUACUAACUCGGCGUUUUCUUUGUUCCGCUUCCCCAGAAACGAUCGAUACGACACCCAUUCAUGUACCGAUACCACGUCCGACUAGCUCGACGCAUCUAUCGGUCACUUUGAGCUAUCCUUCACUUCGAGUUUCAAUCAAUCGCCGAGCCCACUUGCUGAGCAGGUCCGUAACGUCGAAGAUCCGAACGGACGUCGUUUCUCGGGCAAGCAGAGCAACCAACAAAGCCGAUCCUUACCAAGAAGAACCCAAAACACUUUGCAAGCAUCAGACGGGAAGAGUGUCCGGUCUAGUGCACCCUCGGCGAUUGAUGACGAGUUGUGCUUUGGGAUUGCGGCGGGAUGAAAUCGUGACCGAUUCGACCACUAGGAUCGGAAACAUAUAUAAGGAGGACGCAGAUUGGCUCCAGGACCUUCCAUCCAAGAGGCCUUCACUUCCUGCUACCAAUAAGCUUUGCAUCGAAGCUCCCAAGAAGAAGAACGGGCAUGAGCUGGAACUGGCAUGA